UCAUUCUUGGACCUGGCCGUCCUGUCGGGCCAGGUUUUUCCAAAAUCUCAUCCCCUUAACCUCUUCACCAAUGACCAUCUGCAACCUCUGCGUUAUAUUAAUAAUAUCUCCACGACUUGAAUUAGUAAUCAAUGUAGACAUUACCUGUAGAAUACAUAUGCGGGUCUUAUUUGUUUUCUUCAGGUCAAUAUUUAUUACCUUGUGUUUGCCCUGCUUCCUGCAAAAACCCAACCAUGCAUAUCGAAAUGCUUCAUCAAACAGCAGUAUUCUUGCUUCUCUUACACCUUUCACUAGCAUUAGCUGAUCAUCCUCCUCCCACUUCCACCACUGUUUCCGCCGGCCCCCAUCGAAAGUCUAUCACUGAAGCUGCCAACACCGCAAAACCCGGCUGCCAAACCAAGUGUGGAAACUUAACAGUCCCAUACCCUUUUGGCAUCGGACUCAACUCCGGCUGCUCUAUUGGCCCCUGGUUCGAUGUUAAAUGCGACAAUUCCUCCUCCCCGCCCAAACCUUUCAUAGCCACCGGAAACCUGGAAAUCGUCGACAUAUCAGACGAUCAAGUGAGAAUCAAGAACUGGGUUGCAGCCAGAUGCUACACGGAAACCGGCAACAUCACCCGACAGAACAUCAUAGCCAUCAACUUCACCUCCACCCCUUACAGCUUCUCCGACUCCAACAGGUUCACGGUGGUGGGCUGCGAUGAUCUGGCGGUGAUUGUCGGCUCCAGUGGCAGAAACUUCACCAGCGGCUGUUUGUCACUUUGUUCACAGAGCAGUGAUAUAAUCGACGGAUUUUGCACGGGAAUCGGGUGCUGCCAGGUUCCCAUGCCCAAGGGGCUCAAGACUUUCAGCUCCGCGCUUGCUAGCCUCAACAAUCAUACCAUGAUCCACAGUUUUGAUCCUUGUGGCUAUGCAUUUAUCGGGGACCAGGAGAGGUUUCAGUUUCGUACAUCGGAUCUUCAGGACACAGAUUUUCAGAAUCGAACGAUUCAGAAUGUUCCUAUAGUGAUUGAUUGGGCAAUAGGAAAUGGUACUUGUGAUGAGGCGAAGAAAUCUGCUGAUUUUGCUUGUAGAGAGAAUAGUGUUUGUAUUGGUUCAGAUACGGGCCUUGGAGGAUACAGGUGCAAUUGCUCGGAGGGGUACGAAGGCAAUCCGUAUUUAAGUCCAGGCUGCACAGAUGUCAACGAAUGUGAGAGUAAUCCAUGUAAUGAACACGGAAUUUGCACUAAUACUCCUGGUAGCUAUAGCUGCUCUUGUGGUGAUGGAUACAGUGGUGAUGGCAGAAAAGAUGGUCGGGGUUGCAUUGCUGUGAACUCCCAGUUCCCAGUAAUAAAAUUUUCCAUAGGUUUCAGUGUUGGCUUACUUUCUAUAUUCAUUGGUGUCACAUGGCUAUAUUUCGGUGUCAAGAAGAGGAAACUCGCCAGAAUGAGAGAAAAGUUCUUCCAACAAAAUGGUGGACUCCUUUUAAAGCAGCAAUCUCCGUUUACCGAGGGUGGAGCAGAGUCGGCUAAGAUCUUCUCUGCCCAAGAGCUUGAGAAGGCCACCAAUAAUUACGCUGAAGACCGCAUUCUUGGAAGGGGUGGCUACGGCACAGUUUACAAAGGAAUUUUACCUGACCAGCGUGUAGUUGCCAUUAAGAAGUCGAGAAUAAUGGACCAGAGCCAGAUCGAGCAAUUCAUAAAUGAAGUGAUUAUUCUUACUCAAGUUAAUCACCGAAAUGUAGUGAAACUUUUGGGGUGUUGUCUGGAGAGUGAAGUUCCUUUACUCGUAUAUGAAUUCAUCUCAAAUGGAACUCUCUUUCACCACAUCCACAACAGCAGUCAAAUGAGCUGGUUCGCUUGGAAAGAUCGAUUAAGAAUUGCUGCCGAAGCUGCCGGUGCACUAGCCUAUCUCCAUUCCGCAGCUUCUAUGCCUAUCAUUCACAGAGACGUCAAGUCGAGCAACAUAUUGCUAGAUGAUUCAUAUACAGCAAAAAUAUCAGAUUUCGGGGCAUCUAGAUUAGUCCCGUUGGAUCAAACUCAGGUGACAACACUUGUUCAGGGGACAUUAGGCUAUUUGGACCCGGAGUAUUUCCACACGAGCCAAUUAACUGAGAAAAGCGACGUCUACAGCUUUGGAGUAGUUCUUGCUGAACUUAUGACGGGAAAGAAACCUCUGGCACCAACCAAAUCCGAAGAAGAGAGGAAUUUGGCCACGUGCUUUAUAAUGUCCAUGAAAGAAAACAGAUUAUUUCAAAUUGUGGAGCCUAGAAUUCUAAGGGAAGGCAGUUUGGAGCAGUUGCAAGCUGUUGGUGAGCUUGUGAAGAGAUGCCUCAACUUAAGAGGUGAAGAGAGGCCGACAAUGAAAGAAGUGGCAAUGGAGCUAGAAGGGCUAAGAAGAAACACAAAACAUCCUUGGACUCAACAAGAAAAUACUGAAGAAAAUGAGGCCCUCUUAGGUGAGCAAUCAGAUCUCUAUGCAAUCAAUAUAGGUCCAGAAUCCAGUACUGGGAUUUAUCAAAUCCGAGAUAGUCAUAUGAUUAAUCCCCGUUGAUUGUUUGUUGCUACAAAAACAAAGAUUCUUUUAUGUACAAAUACUCAUUAUUAUGUCCACUCCUCCUUUCUCUUUGAAUACAGAAUUACAUAGUUGUCUUC